AUGCGAUUUCUGGAGAUCGCGUUGUCUUGUUGGACGAGGAGAUGGAGCCGUAACAUGGAAAUUGGCAAUCAGCAUAUACACAAUGCUAUUCGGAGACCAGUGAAUGCUGCUGCUGUGAAUCAGGGUCCCAGGAGUCCUAUUCGGAAUGCUCCCCAGAGCCCUGCAGGAUCUCAGCCCAAGACCCUGUUGCAUACGACGUUCAAGCCGUCCCCGCUCAAUCCUGAUGUUCUUCCUCAAAGUCCUCUUCGCACCGUUCCACCUCAUCCUUCGACACAUCAGCACCUUCAUCCCAGCCACCCCCCUCGCCUUGCCCUUCGCCCACCCUAUGCGUUGGCCUCACCCCAACGCUUGUCCAAACCCAUCACAGAAAUACCCCACCCCUUCAACAACCCAAACCCCCGCCGCCCCCCCUCCGCUUCUAGCAGCACCCGCAGGGUCGUGGCCUCUGCCUAA